AUUGUACAAUCAUGUGUUGUGAAUAAAUUAUGUCUAUUUUACUAAAACAAACAUUCAUGCGGAUAAAACUCUAGUAAUUAUUAUACAGAACGUAAAAGCCUAUUUGAGACUAGAGAGACUGCUAGAGAAUCACUUAUAACAAGGAAGUUGUUGCAGGUAUCACAUAUAGAAACUUGUUCUUGAUCAGUAACCAACAAAAUACUGCUUUUAAUGUUCCAAAUAUCAAAGAUUGGUCGCAUCUAAAUGCUCAAUAAUGGCAUUUAGACUUAUUUUAUUAUCACUUUACUUUAAAUACACUGUUUCUGUUAAUGGUUCUGGAGAGUAAAAUAUAAUUAACUAUCACUGCAGAUUUCAGGCACGCAUUGGUCCUUGAACCCCAAAACAAGACUGCAAAGAAUGCUGACACACGACUCCUCCAAAACUCACGAGUUAGAUAGAAACUGAUUCUAAACCUUUCUUAUUUGCCAAAUUACCUUUUACUUCUCUAAAACCCUAAAAAGUAUAGGUUAUGAUUAUUCUGUUCAUGAUUAAACCUCUAACCAAUUAUAGUAAUGUUAUGGUUUAUUUAAUUCCGGUUACAUCUCUACAGACUGGCAUCGAACCUAUUACCUCUAAAUUACUUAAUCGAUAGGGUGUUUUAUACAAAUAUAAAAUCGUACAUGUCCUUUGCUGUAAUAACGUAAGUUAUACGUUCGGACAAUAAGUCACGUUUAUUUUGGGUUUCCGACAUAACUGAAACAGCUUCGUCUCUCUUCCGUUUCAUCACCACGCCUUUCUUCUCCUCUGUUUCAUUUCGAUAUUUUUUUUUUGUGAAAAAAUGUUUGAUCAUCUGAAACUGUUGCGAUGCUUCAGCUUCACGGCAUCGCGCGAUUGGUUAUUCAAACAAUCAUUCUUCAACGCCGGUCUCCGCUCCGUCACCACCGAUCUCUCCCACGACAAUCCCCUCUCAUCAACGUCAAUGCACUGUUGGAUCCCUAAAUCUCCAAACCGAUCUAAACCUAACCUCCUCCUCCUCCACGGCUUCGGAGCCAACGCAAUGUGGCAAUACGGCGAACAUCUCCGCGCUUUCAUGGGCCAGUUCAACGUCUACGUUCCUGACCUCCUCUUCUUCGGUUUAUCUUCCACGACAGAACCGAACAGGUCCGAAUCUUUCCAGGCUCAAUGUCUGAUGAGGCUAAUGGAAGCGCAUGGUGUCGAGAGGACGAGCAUUGUCGGGAUCAGCUACGGUGGAUUCGUUGGGUACAGUUUAGCGGCGCAGUUUCCAGAGAAAGUGGAGAAGAUUGUGCUAUGCUGCGCCGGGGUUUGCCUUGAGGAGAAAGAUAUGGAGGAUGGAUUGUUUAAGGUUCCGAAUCUUGAAGAAGCCACUGGGAUUUUGAUUCCUCAGACGCCGGAGAAGCUUAAGGAGCUUAUAAGAUUCUCUUUUGUUAAGCCGAUCAAAGGUGUUCCAUCGUUUUUUCUUUGGGACUUUAUAGAUGUAAUGUGUAUGGAGUAUGUAGAGGAGAAGAGAGAUUUGAUCAAAUCAAUACUUAAAGAUCGGAGACUUUCAGAUCUUCCUAGGAUCAAACAGAAAUCUUUGAUCAUAUGGGGAGAAGAAGAUCAAAUAUUUCCACUUGAACUUGGUUAUAGAUUGAAAAGACAUAUAGGAGACAAUGCAGAGAUAGUUGUGAUCAAGAAGGCAGGACAUGCUGUGAAUUUGGAGAAGUCUAAAGAGUUCCUCAAGCACUUGAAAUCUUUUCUCAUUGACUCUUUGUGAACUACUGUUUUUAUUUAUUCUUUUUUAUGUAGAUUGAUAACUAACUUUUCACACUAUUUUUCAUUACUGCAUUUGGAAAGAAUGGUCUAUCUUUGUUA